CUAACAAUCAUAUAUAAAAAUUUUCAAUUCAGAAGUUGAACAUAUUUGUAUUGUGCAUGUUAAAGAUGGUGGAUGAUGAGUAAGUAUAAAAUUUUAAUUACCUGGAAGGGAUAAACUUCUUAAUAUGAAUGGAGGAGAAAUAAACUUCCGAUCCAUUUCAAAUUUGAAGGGUGCCUGUUUUAUAUUAGUAGGUUAAUUACUUCAAACUGUAUCAAUUAAUAUAUAAAAUAGAUAAAGGAUUAAAACAUUUUAGAUGGCAAAUUAACAGCCUUCUUUACCAUAAUUCCUGUAUCCAUAUCAAACCAAGAGAAAAUAUUAACUCUUAACAUUUCACUUACCUUGAUACAUACAGAUAAAUAUUACUAAAUGAAUAAAGAUGGAUUCAACAAGAUCAUCAAUUUAUAGAUUAAAUAGAACUCUAUUAGCAAAGUAUUCCAAUAACAAAUGCUUGCAAAGCAUAAACAUUAUCACAAAUUCUAGUUAUUAUAGAUAUAUUAUAUAUCCAAGUAAUGGCAAUUCAACCAACUAGAUCGACAUAAUAAUUUAUGCUUAAGGAAAAUCUGCUUCCUUUAAAAAUAUUCAUUAAAUAGAAUAUAAAAUAUACAGUUAAGGUAGAAUAAAAACAUUUGCACCAUUAGCAAUGCUAUGAAACGAUUCACCAUCAAAGAAACACUAACAUAUUCAUAAUGAUAAAUAUGAAAUAUAGGUUAAAUAGUUCUGCAUAUUUUAGAAUAAAUCUUGAACUUCUAGGUUUUAACAUCAUAGUUGUCAGCAGAAGCAUAAAUAGUAUCACUACUAGCAUAAUCAUGAUAUACUAAUUCCAUAAAUCAUUUAUAUUCAAAUGAGCAAAAAUGGACUGCAAGAGUUGAGAAAUACUACAGAUAAUAUAAAAAUUUCAAUGUAUGUCAAAUCAUCAGCAGACUAUACUAUGCAUAAAGCUGUAGAUGCUACUGCUAUUAGAAUAUUUCAUAUCAAACCCGAUAUAUACAGUUA